AUGAUAGGAUAUGGUCCCAACACGAGAGUCGGCUGUGCAGCGAAAGAAUGUGGAGAUAAAAUACAUGUGGCAUGCGCUUUCGGAGAGGGACCCAAGCCGGAAUUCCCAUUAUAUCUAACGGAACGAGAAUGCGAGGAGUUCAUGAAGGAACACAGCCUUCCAGAGGUAAAGGCACUUGCGGAACGCUAUCGUUGCGGUGAAGAGUAG